AUGUCCUGUCGUUCCUACAGGAUCAGCCCAGGGUGUGGCAUUACCAGAAACUUCAGCUCCUGCUCCGCGGUGGCCCCCAAAACCGGCAGCCGCUGCUGUAUCAGCGCUGCGCCCUUCCGAGGAGUGUCCUGCUACCGGGGACUGACCGGCUUCAGCAGCCGAAGCCUCUGCAACCCGAGUCCCUGUGGGCCACGCAUGGCUGUUGGAGGCUUCCGCGCCGGCUCCUGCGGACGCAGCUUCGGGUACCGCUCAGGGGGCGUCUGCGGGCCCAGCCCUCCCUGCAUCACCACCGUCUCCGUCAACGAGAGCCUGCUCACGCCCCUCAACCUGGAGAUCGACCCCAAUGCUCAGUGCGUGAAGCAUGAGGAGAAGGAGCAGAUCAAGUGCCUCAACAGCAAGUUCGCGGCCUUCAUCGACAAGGUGCGCUUCCUGGAGCAGCAGAACAAGCUACUGGAGACCAAGUGGCAGUUCUACCAGAACCAGAGAUGCUGCGAGAGCAACUUGGAGCCGCUGUUCACCGGCUACAUCGAGACGCUGAGGCGGGAGGCUGAGUGUGUGGAGGCCGAUGGCGGGAGGCUGGCUGCUGAGCUCAACCACGUGCAGGAGGCCAUGGAGGGCUACAAGAAGAGGUAUGAAGAGGAGGUGGCCCUGAGGGCUACGGCGGAGAAUGAAUUUGUGGUCCUAAAGAAGGAUGUGGACUGUGCCUACUUACGGAAAUCAGACCUGGAGGCCAACGUGGAGGCCUUGGUGGAGGAGUCCAGCUUCCUGAAACGCCUCUACGAAGAGGAGAUCUGUGUUCUCCAAGCCCACAUCUCAGACACCUCGGUCAUCGUCAAGAUGGACAACAGCCGGGACCUGAACAUGGACUGCAUCGUGGCUGAGAUCAAGGCUCAAUAUGACGACAUCGCCAGCCGCAGCCGGGCAGAGGCCGAGUCCUGGUACCGCACCAAGUGCGAGGAGAUGAAGGCCACGGUGAUCCGGCACGGAGAGACCCUGCGCCGCACCAGGGAGGAGAUCAAUGAGCUGAACCGCGUGAUCCAGAGGCUGACGGCUGAGGUGGAGAAUGUCAAGGGCCAGCGUGCCAAGCUGGAGGCCGCAGUGGCUGAGGCAGAGCAGCAGGGAGAGGCCGCCCUCACUGAUGCCCGCUGCAAGCUGGCUGAGCUGGAGGCUGCCCUGCAGAAGGCCAAGCAGGACAUGGCCUGCCUGCUCAAGGAGUACCAGGAGGUGAUGAACUCCAAGCUGGGGCUGGACAUCGAGAUCGCCACCUACAGGCGCCUGCUGGAUGGCGAGGAGCAGAGGCUGUGCGAGGGUGUGGGCUCUGUGAAUGUCUGUGUCAGCAGCUCCCGUGGAGGAGUCACAUGUGGGGGUCUCACAUCUGGCACAACCCCAGGGCGCCAGAUUGCCUCUGGCCCCUCAGCCACCGGGGGCAGCAUCACAGUGAUGGCUCCUGACUCCUGCUCUCCUUACCAGCCACGCACCUCCAGCUUCAGCUGUGGGAGCAGCCGCUCAGUGCGCUUUGCUUAG